GGGCGGGGCAAGAUUAGGCGCUACCCGGUAGCUUUCAGGGCUGGUGCUGCUGCAGGACCCUCGAGCCGCGGCCCUGCUCUGCGUCCACGCGUUGCGUCCGUUUCUUGGGGGGGAUGGGGCGCUCGGGGCUACGUAGGGUAGGGGCAGGGCGGGGAAGAUCUGUAGGGCCUCGGGGCUUGCGUCGGUGAAUCCAGGCCUGCCCUUGCGGCCGCGGAGCUUGGCGCGGCCGGGCCCUGCCCUCCCAACGCCCCCUCGGGCCCCGGGCGGGGUCAUGAGGCUGGCAGGCCCGCUCCGCGUGGUCGUCAUCGUCCUCACUGCCGGUCUUACCUGGAUCCUGGCCAGCCUCUUGCUGGGCACUGAGAGCGGCUUCGGCUUCGCCCGGCUCCAGCGCCUCCUGGCCAGCCCUGAGAAUCCCCCCACAGCUGAGCCGAGGCCACGAUGGUUCAAGUGUGGGCUGCCCCAGCCCUGCCCCGAGCAUCACUUGGCUUUCCGCCUCGUCAGUGGUGCUGCCAACGUUGUGGGGCCCAAGAUCUGCCUUGAGGACCAGAUGCUCAUGAGCAGCGUCAAAAACAAUGUCGGCCGUGGCCUGAACAUCGCCCUGGUCAAUGGUGUGAAUGGGGAGCUGAUUGAUGCCAAGGCCUUUGAUAUGUGGGCUGGAGAUGUCAACGAACUGCUGAAGUUUCUGCGCCCCCUGCACGAAGGGACCCUGGUGUUCGUGGCUUCGUUUGAUGACCCAGCCACUAAGAUGAAUGAGGAGGCGCGGGGGCUGUUUGGAGCACUGGGCAGCCGGGCAGCCGCUGACCUUGCCUUCCGCGACAGCUGGGUCUUCGCGGGUGCCAAGGGGGUACAGGACAAGAGCCCCUUUGAGCAGCACAUGAAGAACAGCAAGAGCUCCAACAAGUACGAGGGCUGGCCUGAGGCACUGGAGCUGGCUGGCUGUGUCCCACAGCGCACGCCUGAGGGCCAGUGAUUCCCUCCACCCUGCAGUGGGUAGCUAGGGCCCCUGUGAAACCCCCCCAGCAAGGGCAGGGCUGUUUUUCCCCCCCCCCCCCCCCCCCCCCCCACUGGCUCUAACUUAUGUCCCCUGUGCUAGGAGCAAACCCAAGCUCUGGGCUACCAGUUCCCCGCCUUUCCAGUUCCAACUCAGAUUUCUGGGGAGGGCAGUAAUCUGCCCCCAAGUGCCUUAUGCUGGAGGUGCCCCUGCCUUCCUCCCCCCGGGCAGAAGACAGGAAUGUGGUUUUGGUGUCUGAGGGAGCUCCAGGGCUGGGGAGUUUCAACUGUUGAUCAUUGUAACACCCCUGCCCCCCCCUUUCUUUGGGGCUGCUGCCUCCAAAUAAAAACAGUGCAGACCA